CGGCGCUCGCUCGGCGCUGACCCUCCGAGCUCACACUCUGCCUGUCCCGCAGCUCUUCAGCCGGGUCCCGGUGUCAGAGGCGAGAUCCUGUGGCUAAGUAAGAAGUCCAGUCUCACUGAAGACAAACAGAAGGCGGGGCACUUGCUUUUCCAGAGCAGAAAGGAAACUGAUGCAUCAGAAAAGUGUGUGCAGAUUUAAUCAAAAUGAGACUACUGGUGCUGAAGAGAUGGUUGGCAGUUAAAAGCACCUGCUGCUCUUGCAGAGGACUCAGGUUCAACUCCCAGCACCCCAACAUGGCAAAUCCAUAACUCGGUAACUAAUAAACAUACUGAAAGAAUAUGGCUGCACAGAUACCAGAAUCUGACCAGAUAAAACAGUUUAAGGAGUUCCUGGGAACCUACAAUAAACUUACAGAAACCUGCUUUUUGGACUGUGUUAAAGACUUCACAACAAGAGAGGUGAAACCUGAAGAGGUGACCUGUUCAGAACAUUGCUUACAGAAAUAUUUAAAAAUGACACAGAGGAUAUCCGUGAGAUUUCAGGAGUAUCACAUUCAGCAGAAUGAAGCCUUGGCAGCCAAAGCAGGCCUCCUAGGCCAGCCACGGUAGAGAGGUCCUGAGGCCAUGGACUUGCACUGAAAGAUUGCAGCAGCUGCUGCAGUCAAAACAAGGAUUCACCUGGUGGAGAAUCCCCUGACACAGCAGGAGCCGUGGUCCACCAUCUGUCAUGACUGCCUGACCCAUGGAAACCACCAGAGAAAAAACACUGUUCACCAGAAAGAGUCAAAACAGAAGGCCUUCCUGUGCAGUAAAAAUGGUAAGAUGCGGUGUUGUUGAGGCCUUAAGAUUCGUCUGCGUGGUCAUCGUGAUUGCAAAAAUAAACCACUGUUCCUUUCUUUGUGACUGUUAAUUUUAAAAGCAAAAUAUGUGUUCAAUCAUGUAUGAGGUAGAAAAGAUUUAUUACUAAAAGUAAAUA